GCAGAAGGACCCAUGAAGAUCUUCAGCUGGGCUUCUGGUAGCGUGAUGUCACUUCAAAUGCUGCUCCUGGCUGCCAUGCUUCUGGGGACUUCUCUGCAGCAUGCCAGCGCUGCUCGAGGCACCAAUGUAGGGCGAGAGUGCUGCCUGGAUUACUUCAAGGGGGCCAUUCCCAUCAGGAAGCUGGUGACGUGGUACAGGACCUCACCGGAGUGUCCCAGGGAUGCCAUCGUGUUUGUGACUGUCCAGGGCAGGCUCAUCUGUGCAGACCCCAAAGGCAAGCAUGUGAAGAAGACCAUCAGACACCUGAGUAACCAAAGGCUGUGA